AUGCCCACGCACAGAAACACAACCCUCUCCGCGGCAUCCUGGGGGCCAUUUGUGCUAGAGGGGUUUGGGGAAGAUGAGCAGACCCAGGCCCUGCUCUUUGCUGUGUUCCUGGCCCUGUAUGUGGUGAGCGUCCUGGGCAACCUCACCAUGAUCGUGGUCAUCAGCCUGGAUGCCCGACUGCACUCCCCCAUGUACUUCUUCCUCAAGAACCUGUCCUUUCUGGACCUGUGCUACUCCUCGGCCAUUGCCCCCAACGCCCUGGCCACCAUGUUCUCCUCCUCCAAGGUCAUCACCUUCACCGGCUGUGCCAUUCAACUCUUCUUCUUCUCAUUUCUUGGUACCACUGAGGCUUUGCUCCUGGCCGUGAUGGCCUAUGACCGGUUCAUGGCCAUCUGCAGCCCCCUGCACUACCCGGUGACCAUGAGCCCCUCGGCCUGUGCCCGCCUGGUGCUGGGUGCCUACGGUGGGGGCUGCCUCAACUCCCUGGUGGAGACCAGCCUCACCUUCCAGCUGCCCUUCUGCGGCUCCACCCACAUUGACCACUUCUUCUGUGAUGUGCCCCCUCUGCUGCGGCUGGCCUGUGCCGACACGGCCCUCAACCAGCUCGUCAUGUUCGCCAUCUGCGGCUUCAUCCUUGUUGGUGCCAUGUUAGCGAUCCUCAUCUCCUAUGGCUACAUCGCGGUGACCAUCCUCAGGAUGCGCUCUGGAUCCGGGCGACACAAGGUCUUCUCCACCUGCGGCUCCCACCUGACGGCUGUGUCCAUGUUCUACGGGACUGGUUUUGUUAUUUAUGGCCAGCCGGGAGGUGUGGGGUCCGUGGAGCAGGCGAAGGCGGUGUCUGUCUUCUACACCCUGGUCAUCCCGAUGCUCAACCCCCUCAUCUAUAGUCUGCGGAACCAGGACGUGAAGGAAGCCCUGGGGAGGCUGGGACAGAGAUGCACAGCCACGUGA